AUGGAUGGUUUUAGUUUAGCUGGUGCGGCAGCUGUUGGUACGCUAACCGCUGCAUAUUUAUACUUUGGCGGAAGGUUUUCUAUAGCACUUGUCGUUUUAGUGGGCUAUGGUAUUUAUUGUAAUGAAACGGAUGGUCGUGUUGAAGCGAAGGUGAGCUUGAAGGCAGAGAAGCAAAAAUCAUGUUGUAGCAAUAAGAAGACUGCAGAAGGUGGAAAAACUGGCGGAUGUUGUUCUGAUAAAAAAAAGAAUGGUGGUGGUGGAGGAGGAUGCUGCUCUUCAAAAGGCGGUAAGGAGAAAAGCGGAGGAGGGUGUUGCUCUUCCAAAAAUGGGAAAAAGGGGGGCUGUUGCUCAUCUAAAAAGAAAAUUAGUAACGAUGAAAACGUUGAUCCUGUAGUCGAGGAAGCUAAAAAUUUUCCCAUGACCGUAGAUUUUACAGAUGUUUUUAAGAAACCUACCAAGAAAAGGUCAAGCACCCCCAAGAUUUUUUCGAAGAAUGAUCCGUCAAAGUCUAAAGCAGGGAAAAAAUUAAGCGUUUCUAAGAAGAUUGGUCCGGAUGGAUUGAUUAAGAGUGCGCUAACUAUCUCGAAUGAAACGCUUUUGAGUUCUCAGAUUUUUGUGUUGUAUAGUUCCUUGCAAGGUGCGGCUUCCAAGGUUGCUAAGAGAGUUCACGACAAAUUGGCAGAAUUAGAUGAAUUAACCAAUAAACCAAAACUUUUGAAUCUCGAUGAAUUGUCUGAUUUGGACGACUACUUUGUGGAUGUUCCCGUUGAAAACGCGCUGUAUGUUCUUGUUUUGCCCUCUUAUGAUAUCGAUUGUCCCCUGGACUAUUUUCUACAAACUCUGGAAGAAAAUGCUAAAGAUUUCAGAGUGGAUAGUUUCCCAUUGCGUAAGUUGGUUGGCUACACAGUUCUUGGGCUUGGUGAUUCGGAAUCAUGGCCUGAAAAGUUCUGUUAUCAAGCCAAAAGAGCUGACCACUGGAUUUCUCGUUUAGGUGGCAGAAGAAUUUUCCCUCUGGGUAAAGUCUGCAUGAAAAUGGGAGGAAGUACCAAAGUUGAUGAAUGGACAUCACUGUUAGCAGAUACGUUGAAGGAUGAUGAGCCAAUCAUCUAUGAGUAUGACGAAAACGCAGACUCUGAAGAAGAAGGAGAAGAAGACAAUGGAAGUGACGAACUGGGCGAUGUAGAAGAUAUCGGCGGCAUAGACAGUAAUGGCAAAUUUUCGAGCACAGAUGAAAUCAAGCAAAUGGUGGCAAAAGAUAGUCCAACAUACAAGAAUUUGACAAAGCAAGGUUACAAAGUAAUUGGUUCUCAUUCGGGCGUCAAGAUUUGCAGAUGGACCAAGAAUGAGCUACGUGGUAAAGGAUCCUGUUAUAAGAAAUCACUUUUCAAUAUUGCAUCCAGUAGAUGUAUGGAAAUGACUCCUUCUUUAGCAUGUUCUUCUAAAUGUGUCUUCUGUUGGAGACAUGGUACGAACCCCGUGUCAAAGAAUUGGAGAUGGGAAGUAGAUGAACCAGAGUACAUCUUAGAAAAUGCUCUGAAGGGGCAUUAUUCCAUGAUCAAGCAGAUGAGAGGAGUGCCUGGUGUCAUAGCGGAGAGAUUUGCUAAAGCUUUCGAAGUUCGUCAUUGCGCUUUAUCCCUUGUUGGUGAACCAAUACUUUACCCUUAUAUAAAUAAAUUCGUUCAGUUGUUACAUCAGAAGGGGAUUACUAGUUUCCUUGUGGGUAAUGCUCAACACCCAGAAGCUCUAAGAAACAUUGUUAAAGUAACGCAAUUGUAUGUUUCCAUCGAUGCUCCCACUAAGACGGAAUUGAAGAAAGUGGAUAGGCCUUUAUACAAAGAUUUCUGGGAAAGAAUGGUGGAAUGUUUAGAAAUAUUGAAAACUGUACAAAGUCAUCAAAGAACAGUUUUCAGAUUAACUUUGGUGAAAGGCUUUAACAUGGGUGACGUUAGUGCAUACGCAGAUUUGGUCCAGCGAGGUUUACCGUGUUUCAUUGAAGUCAAGGGUGCCACAUUUAGUGGCUCCUCUGAUGGAAAUGGUAACCCUUUAACCAUGCAAAAUAUUCCAUUUUAUGAAGAAUGUGUAAAAUUCGUGAAGGCAUUUACCACGGAACUACAAAGACGUGGAUUACAUUACGACGUGGCUGCUGAGCACGGACACUCCAACUGUUUACUGAUUGCAGACACCAAAUUCAAAAUAAACGGAGAUUGGCAUACACAUAUCGACUUCGAUAAGUUUUUUGUGCUGUUAAACUCUGGCAAAGAUUUCACAUAUAUGGACUACAUAGAAAAAACUCCUGAAUGGGCGUUAUUUGGCAACGGUGGGUUCGCGCCAGGGAACACAAGAGUGUACAGGAAGGAUAAGAAAAAGCAAAAUAAAGAAAAACAAGGAAGCGUAAAGGUAGAGGCACCUCUUCCUCCCAUUCCUGCUUUAUGA